AUAUUCAUAUUACUGGAUGUAAAAAUAUAACUGCUGUCCUUCUUUAUAUUUGUCAUUGGGUUUUGCAAAUAUCUAACCAAUAACAAAGUUUUAAAAAGUGCUUGUCAACUUUGACAACACAGUAUGCAAUCAUUGAAAGAGUACAGUGGUUUUUCCAUUUGCUGAAAAGCAGCAAAUUUGGAUAUACGAGACUUCAGAAGGACAGCCACGAUAUUUAAAAAGUACAAUGUCUUAUGGAUAUUAGUGUAAACAUCUCCUUGAAACAUUUAAUUUAGGUAAGUCAUCAAAAAUAUUUUUUUACAUUUUUAUUUUAUUAAAAUUAUUGUUCGAUUGAAAACAAUAUGUAUUCAGCAUAUUCGCUACAAACUGUCAAAGCGUGUAUAUAUUCUUGUUUCUACGUAUAUUAUUUCUACAUUUUGUCAGGUCUAUGUAGAUGCACCACAGCUAAAAUGUAACAAUAAAACAAUGAUGGUUUUAUUACACAAAAGGUCAAUGUGCUGCGUAAUUAAACCUAUCCUUUCAGACACACACACACACGCAUAUACAAACCUGUUUAUGUAACACUUUAACCACUACACAGUUUACGGUGUAAUCAUUAUUGGUUUAUUUAAAAGACCAAGAAUUCAAACAACUAGAUAAAAAAGACAAGAAAAGCAAAUAUCAUGGAUCGUCUGCUGAAGAGAUGUCGGAUCAAGAGCAGUUUGGUCAGAGAAUGUCUGGCUGAGUUUUUUGGAGUCUAUAUCAUAAUAGUAAGUAGCAAUGCUCUUCAUAACAUACUGUAACUACUGCACACAAACAUUUUGGGGUUAUUUGUCAAAAUGAUUGUUAUUAACCAGUUCGAUUGUUAUUAACCAGUUCGUCUUACAAAGUUUUACUUUUCAGAUUUCAUUACACUUACGUAUCUUUUAUACAGUGGCCAUCUGGACACUCGUGCCACAUCUGAAAAUCUAUGAAUGACAUUGAAUUGUACACAAUACUAUUGAAUUUGGCAAAAAAAACUUGUCCCCUGUCAGGGCUGGAUUGGGAAGAAAAAUCGGGCCUGGCUUUUUUGGCCCACAUGGGCCCUCCACCAAUUCUGUCGACGGGGGUGUUGGGGGGGUGCAUGGUCGGGGCUGUCGACCGGGGGGGGUGGCAUGCAUACAUGUCUUCUGUCAUGUCUUCGCGUUGCAUGCAUUCGCCCCAUACGUUAGCGGCCCACCGGGAAAACUCCCGGAACUCCAGAUGGCCAGUCCGCCCCUGUCUCCUGUUUUGCAGUACUUUUGGGUGAAAAUGCAUAGAAUGUUAUCAGCAGCAAUCUAAGAUCAAGCUUGAAGACUUUGAACUUUUUUGAAUGAUUUACCAUCACAGACUCAUCUGAUUAAUCAUCUACUGACACACACCAUCAGCUUUCAUUGGCAGAGCUAGAGUUUUAUUUAUGGGGUGUCCAAGGCUACUUCAUGGGGUCCACAGACCAUGACAGAAAAUCAGUGUGUAAUCCUGAUCUGUCAUCGAAUGCACAUCAAUCUAACUGUGCCAUUAACUUGAGUUCAUUUUUUCAUCGUGCAAAAAUGUAAAAAAUAAUGUGUGUAAAAGAUUUCUUUUUUGUGUUUUGUUUGCCAUAUUUUCCCCCUCGCUACCUGAAGCUCUUUGGCUGUGGAUCAGUUGCCCAGGUGACAACCUCUCAAAACACUAAGGGUGAAUACCUAUCAAUCAAUCUUGGAUUUGCGUUGGGGACCGUGUUUGGGAUCUAUGUGGCAAAAGGGGUGUCGGGAGCUCACCUGAACCCAGCUGUGUCCCUCAGCCUGUGUUUCCUGGGCAGAUUCUCCUGGACACAACUUCCAUUUUAUGUGUGCUCGCAAUUUUCAGGUGCGUUUCUGGCUGCGGCGACGGUUGCUCUUCAGUACCAUGAUGCUAUAAUGCAUUUCAGUGGAGGACACCUCACGGUAGAUGGUGGUACGGCUACGGCAGGCAUCUUCUCAACCUACCCCGCAGAUUACCUGAGUCUGUGGGGGGGAGUGGUGGACCAGAUAAUAGGUACAGCGUCUCUUCUGGUGUGUGUUCUUGCAUUGGGAGAUCCUCACAACACACCAGCACCGCCCGGUCUGGAGCCUGUCCUGGUUGGAGCAGUUGUCAUGGCGAUUGGAGUCUCCAUGGGGUCUAACUGUGGAUAUGCCAUCAACCCAGCACGAGACUUUGGGCCAAGACUCUUUUCGUAUAUUGCCGGCUGGGGCAACGAUGUAUUCAGGGCUGGACACGGGUGGUGGUGGGUGCCGUUGGUGGCGACGUGUACGGGUGGUCUUCUUGGGUCCUUGCUUUACGAGUUUCUUAUUGGAGCACAUCAUCCAAAUACAGACCUCACAGAUACUGAACACCAAACAACAAUACAAACUCUAGAGCUGGGAGGAACAGAACUGGACAUUGACACUGGUAAAAACAACAAGAUGGAAAAUCCUGUGAUGGGAAGAGACAUGUCAAAGUUAAGUAAUUGUAUUUGCAUUCCAUAUUUGUCAUAGUGGUAAC